AUGUUGCAGGCUUUGAAAGAAGCAAGUAAAUGUGAACCAGUGCAGACUGCUUUCUGUGUUGGCUGUGUGCUCGUCGUUCGUUUUCCCGACCAGGAUCCCGUCGUUCUAUCCACUGGGUAUUCUCGUGAACUACCUGGUAAUACACAUGCCGAAGCCAAUGCCCUGGCCAAGGUCCGACAUCUCUCAACAUCGAACAUAGCCUCCCUCUUCCCAUCACUCUUUCCCACUCCCACUGUUGACGCUCUCCUUGCGCUGGCCGAUGUCUAUACUACCUUGGAACCUUGCACCGUCAGAACAUCAGGUCUCCCCCCUUGUGCCGAUGCCUUGAUACAAGCCAAGGUCAAGCGAUGCAUCAUCGGAGUCGGAGAACCCGAUGACUUCGUCAAGUGCGAAGGAGCGAGAAAAUUACAGGAAGCUGGCAUCGAGAUUGUUUGGUUGCAUGACAUGCAAACCGAAUGUCUUGCUGCAGCACGGAGAAGGCAUAUAUCAACAUAG